ACCACCACUUGAAUUACAUGGCGUUAUAUGCGUCCUAACCACAACAUAAGAGAUUUUCAAAAAUAAGUGAACUUUGGUUAUGAUUGUUUAUCGGUGUAUCCAUGUGCAUAGUGAACUGAGAAUAUAAUGAAUGUUGAUAUUAUUGCUAUAUCAUCUUCGGAUGAAGAAGGAGACAAAGAAAACGGAGUAAUAAAAGUUGAGGAACCCUUAGCUAAAAAAAUAAAAAUAGACCCUGCAGCAGUUACUGAAAUUAUACAACUUUCAGACGAUGAAGAUGUUAAAACAGAGGUUGUAAAAACUGUUGAGUUGGUGCCGGGAGCCUCGAAAGAGGUAUCAAGUGAUCCACCAGUUUCCACAGAAAAAUCAGAAGAUACUCUACCAACAGUAGCAUGUGUUGAACCAUUGAAUGAGGUAGACUCUGACGAAAUCCCUGCUUUUUUUAAACAGUUUAUUGACAAUUGCAUAGGAACAAUAAAAGCUGAAUCUAUAAUUGCCAAAGCGAAGAGUAAAAUUAUAUUGCUUUAUAAGGUAUUCAAAAGGGCAGGGGACUUCAGUAGCAGUGAUGAAUUUAAAAACAUUAUUGAAGAGUAUACAGCUAAUUUGUUGAAACAACCACAGCAUGGCAUAAGGUAUUUUUACGAUGCUUACAAACAUCUUGUUAAUCAGCAGAACAGUAAAGGGAUAGAUAAUGAGAAUGUCAAAAAAUUGGACAGAAUUUUGAGGAAGUUAAGUGAAAAGAUACAAAAACUAGAGGAAAUGUGUGAUGAGGAUGAUAAUGUUUUAGACGAAAAUACUUCAAAAUAUACACAAUUGCAAAGAUACAAGGAACGCGCAACUAAUGUCUACGCGAAAAUAAUGGAAUUGGAGGAAAGCGAUCCGCACAGUGGUCGCUUAUAUUACGCCCGAUUGGAUUACGGAAGUUCGAAACAUCCCGAAAUCAAUCAUGCCAUCAACAAGAAAUUCAAAUGCAGGAAGAAAAUCGUUUUUCCAACCUUCGACGAGGUAAACAAGUGCGUGCGGUCGUGCGUCGAGGAAAACGCCACCCUGAAAUUAAAAUUAUCUGAAUCGGCGAUUUCCAGAGAAGUGCAGUUCAACUUCGAGCAUCUGGGUAAUUUGAUUCAGCGUAAACGAAAGCAGGACCUCGCCCUUAUACAUUUUGAGUCCUUCCUGGGAGAUUCCAUUGAUCCGGCACUGAGCGAUCCCGCAUUGGAAGAGAAGUUAAGGAAUAACAAGAAACUCGGUGAUAACAAACUGAACGUAACUUUCCAAAAAUUCGCGGAUACCGAAUGGGAUGCGAACAAAGUAGUCAGCGAGGAUUCGGAUGAUAGUCACAUCGCCUCCGAUAAUAACGACGAGGAGAAAUGAC